UAGGGCACUUUCACACACACAAAAAAAAAAAAAAAAAAACCCGAAAACCAAAAUCCAAAAACGAAACAGUACCUUAGGCUUUUUAAUCGGUUUCUUUGUCUCUCUCCAAACAGAAAAUUCGCAGAGAAAGUCGAGAGGACAUCUCGAGAGUCUUGGAAAGCAGAACUGCAAAGUAUUCCUUUUAGUUUUAAUUACUCGUCUUCUUUCUUUUGUUUUUUCUAUUUAGUCUCGCCCUUUCGUUCCAUUUUCUCUCCUAUCUCGGGAGAACCGCCAUGAAUGGCGAUAGAGAUAGAGAUAGAGAUGAGGAUGUGAAAAUGGAAGAGAAAGAGGCUGAUAAACAGAGAGUCGUGUACAUGUGUGGCUACCUUCCCGGAGCUUUGCCGCAGAGGUCGCCGCUUCUAUCGCCAACGACUGUGCGUCUCCCACCCACUUACACGUGGAUGGAUGUUAGCGGUGGAGGUUGCGGCUUUGCUAUGGCCAUUUCAGAGUCUGGAAAGCUUAUCACAUGGGGUUCCACGGAUGAUCUGGGUCAAAGCUAUUUAACAUCUGGGAAGCACGGGGAAACUCCGGAGCCUUUUCCCCUUCCAACUGAGGCUUCCAUAGUAAAAGCUGCUGCAGGUUGGGCCCAUUGUGUUGCAGUUACAGAUAGUGGAGAAGUUUACACAUGGGGUUGGAAAGAGUGCGUUCCCUCUGGAAAGAUCGUUGGAGAUAUUUCUAAAGGUUCCAGUUCUGAGAGGGAAUCCCUCGACAGGCAGAGCUCUUUCUUGACUGAUCAAGUUAGCCCUCGUUCUCUGGGUGCACGAUCCAGUGGAGGAACAGGUUCUGGUAAUGAUGCUAGAGGAGGUGGAGAAGAAAGUACCAAGAGAAGAAGGGUAUCUGUGGCAAAGCAAGCAGCUGAGAGUUCUGCAUCUGGGGAUGAAAACCUUUCGGCCUUGCCAUGUCUUGUGACACUGAAUCCAGGAAUCCGAAUUGCCACCGUUGCUGCUGGAGGACGCCAUACUUUGGCAUUGUCAGAUACAGGACAGGUGUGGGGUUGGGGCUAUGGAGGCGAAGGGCAGCUCGGUUUAGGCUCUCGGAUGCGCAUGGUAUCCUCUCCUCAUCCUGUACCUUGCAUUGAUUCAUCUCCUUAUGGAAAGGAUAGAUCCACAGCUAUCUCACGCGGAAGCUUGGGUGAAGGACACGGUUAUAGAGUACCUGGAAAUUAUGUGAAAGCAAUAGCUUGUGGAGGGCGGCACAGUGCUGUAAUCACAGAUGCUGGAGCUCUUCUUACUUUUGGCUGGAGCCUUUAUGGACAGUGUGGGCAAGGAUGUACAGAUGAUGAGUUGAGCCCAGUUUGUGUUUCUUCUUUACUGGGUAUUCGGAUAGUGGGUGUUGCUGCAGGACUGUGGCAUACUGUCUGCAUAUCUGCUGAUGGUGAUGUUUAUGCAUUUGGCGGAAAUCAGUUUGGACAGCUGGGAACUGGAGUUGAUCAACCCGAGACUCUUCCAAGGCUUCUUGAUUCUCCAAGUCUGGAAAACAUGCAUGCAAAUAGUGUUUCGUGUGGGGCUCGUCAUAGCGCUAUAAUCACAGAGGAUAGCAGAGUGUUCUGCUGGGGAUGGAAUAAGUAUGGCCAGCUUGGGUUGGGUGACGUUAACGAUCGCAACAUUCCUGCUGAAGUCACUAUGGAGGGUUGUGUUCCUAAAAAUGUAGCUUGUGGCUGGUGGCAUACCCUGCUUUUAGCCGAAUCCCCCACUUGAGUUCCUUCUCCUCCUUCGCUUUGGCACAGUUUUGUUAGGUAGGAGUUGAAUGGACCGGUAGUUCUUGAGACAUAUAUGUGUGUAUGAAUGAACAUAUACAUAUAUGCAUCUGCUCAUUCUUUGGUGGCCCUAGGGUGCACCACGACUAUAAACACCAUGGCAGAAUCAUUUAGUCCAUUGUGUAUAUAACCCUUCUUUUUUUUUUCUUUUCAAUUAUGCAAUUUGAACGAGUUAUAGUGUAAUAAGAUGCUUUGAAAUAUUAGGUUAUAUAUGUGAAAAGGGUUGUUUAAGAAGCUUUAGAGUGCUUAGAACUAUAUAUACUAAGCAGUGUUGUUUUCUUGUAUAAUAUAUUUUCUUCCUCCUUUUUUAA